CUUCACUCUACUCCUUCCUUCUGUGCUAAUAUAUAUUAACAAGUUCUCCUUUCUGACUCACUCACUCACAUCUCUUCAGCGGCACUUUCAAGAUGGGGAACUUCGCAGCUAAUGAGGGUCUCUCCAUCUUUGUCAUUGUGAGUACACAGAGGAGGAUAAUUUCUAUUACAGUCCUGAAAGCAAAAAGACUUGGCGGACAUAUUUAGCAUCCUUCAUAAAGAAUCUGGCCUGAAAACUUGCAAAUAUACAGUAUAUCUUAGUUAAUGUGUCUAAAUGCUUUAAAAUGUUUUUACUUUCUUUGUAAAUGAUGUAAAUAAUAAAUGUAUGUCAGGCUGAAAAAAAAAAACUUUAGUGAAAAGUGCUGAGAGGCGUCACACUCUCUAAUUUACAGUAUCUCUGAAGGUUUUAGACAUGCUCAAUUUCACGAUUAAUUCGAGCCAAUUGGAUGAUGGUUUCUUUGUGCUUCCUCUGGCACUGAAUUUGAUCAAAAGUUUGAAUGAAAGUGCUUUUAAACCCAAAAGUAAAAGAGUGAAAUGUUUUAUUUGAAUCGCACUAAAAAUUCAGCCGUUGUAUCUGCACUGACACUAAAAGAUUUAAGUGAUUAUCUCCUCAUGUGUGAAGGUAAUAACCUCAUGGAGUCGACUGUAAACUUAUUCAGCUUUUCUCCUCUAAAAUCUGACUCUUAAUUUCACAUGCACUUAUCAUUUCUGGAUGUGUGUGUGUUACAGUUAGUGUGGCUGGGGAUCAAUGCGUACCUGUUUGUCAAUUUCUACAUGGCCUUCCUGGUGGAUAAAUGGUUCUACACAAGGGUCCUGCUGGGGGUGAGUCACACCGACUGAACCACGUCUGUAGAUCUUUUAUUCAGAAGAGUUUUGAUUCCCCUGAUCUGACUUUGCAUCUACUCCUCUAAAAGUGACAUGGAUCAAAAACAUAUCAUGUUUUUUUAAGACCUUUACAGUCCUCGGAGUGACUUCUCUAAAUAAGAACAAGAAAAUGCACCUGACAGCUUAAAAAUAAUCUCAUCUAAGUUUUGAAAAACAUUUGCAAAAACAGGAUCUUGUCCUUUUCAGUUCCUUUAAAUGCAGCGGUUAGUUGCCAUGCAGUAGUGCAAAUUUUUACUUUCAAUUGCAUAAAACACACAGAGCAGCCCCUAGGCUUCGAUGUAUUAAUCAGAAACAGUUCAGAAGAGAAGGAAACAACAUCUGAAUUUUUUAAAUCAUGAAAAAGUUUGUAAUCUAGAAGUCUGAUCGGUUCUUUGGUCUCACAAAAUACAUUUGGGUUAUUUGUUCGUAAAAAACAAGCUAAGACAUCUCCUCAGUUUUAACGACAGAGGGACAUUUUCCAGCGCUGAUCUACUCUAAUCUUCUGUUUACAUUAAAAAACCCUAAUUUAACUUUUUCGGCAUUAAUGAGACUGAAGUACAGUGCUCGGCAUAAAUGAGUACACUCCUUCAGAGUUUUCAGAAAAACCUCUGGUUUCCUUUCACAAUCAACCAUUUCUAUGUCAGACUAUACAACAAAAUACUUCCCCAAAUGUAGGCCAAACAAGAUUUUUUAAGUUGCAAACAAAAAAGUCAUUUUUUCAAUCUAAAAUCAGGAUGCAAAAAGGAGUACACCCCAAUCAAAGUGCUGGGAGCAAAGCUAAACUCGAGUUACUUUAUCAUCCUUAUUUUCAUCUUAUGGUAAAUCAGAUGUUAUGUUAUGGAAAUUGUCCUUUUGCUCAUCUAGAUAUUGAGUAAUACAUUAUUUUUAAUAGGGGGUGUACUGACUUAUGCUGGGAACUGUGCACAGCAUAAAACUGUUCAGUUCUAAUAUGUUAAAAAUAACAUUUAAAUUCACCGCAAACAAACACGUAUCAAGAAUAGACACAAAUCCCACGACUGAUGUGAGACCUUUUAAUUCCUACGGGGGAAACUUCUCCUCUUCUUAUUAACACCUCGACCCCUUCUGAACCCUGAGUAAUAAAUGUAGGCAUCUCAGAAGUGUCAAACACUUGAUGCUCUCUCUACAACACUGAUCCAACUGGCAGUAAAGGGAAGCAGGUCUUGAGUGGGCUUUGCUUUGUGGUCACAGUUGCUGUAUUGGGUCAAUACAGCCGUUACACACAGCUGUGUCGGAGUGAGCAGAAGUAAAACUGCUUUUUAUUUUCAUUUUUCAACACUGCUCAGAAGAGAUAACUGGAUUAAUGACUGAACAACAGACAGAAAUAUUUAUUAUUACAACUCGACAGAAAAUUGGAUCGUGGUCCAAAGUUCAUUAAUUGGAAAACGCGGACAUGGGUUUAACUUUUAUGGAUGUUUGUUGAUAUUUUUCACAUUUAAAGUUGUACAAAAGAAUAAAUCUAAAAUGUCCAAAAACAGAAAAGCAAUAAUGAAACUGAAAGUGCUAUCGGCAUAUUAUUGCACUGAAUAUAUUUCACAGUGAGGAAUUUUCUUAUUGAAAACUUACAAAAACUGUCUCUCCAGGGUCCAACCCACGCAGAGAGACCAACUCUGUAAUCAUCAGAGAUUCAUUUAAUGUCUAUUUGUUCUCUUCUUCAUAAGUAUUUAUUUGAAGAAGAGAUUUUUUAAGUAAUCUAGCUCUAUGCUUUGACCCCUCAGCAAGCUCUGCCCUGGGCCAGAGCUCCUGCUGCCUGCCUCAACUUCAACUGUAUGCUCAUUCUGCUGCCGGUUUGCAGAAACCUCCUCUCCUUCCUGCGAGGCUCUAUCCAGGUACUCAAAAAACAACAACUCCAGAUUCAUUCAAACUCUGUAUAGAAAUAUGAAAAUAAGACGUAAACUCAGCAGCAGCAGAGGAUGGAUCCAUGACAAUACUUGUUUUCUUUGUUUGUUUGUCGCAGUGUUGCAGCCGGACAGCAGCUCGUCAGCUCGAUCGAAACAUCACUUUUCACAAACUAGUGGCAUACAUGAUCGCCUUCCACACAGGUAACACAGUCAAACUACAUUUUUUUCACAUGAUACAUUAACUGGAUGCACGGAUGAUUCCUCCAAAGUUGCUGAAAUUGAGCUUGUGUGACCUGACAAUUAACCUGUCGUCUCUUUUGUAGCUGUGCACAUCGUCGCACACUUGUUUAACUUUGAGUAUUUCAUGGACGCCCAGCUGAACCGCAACAGCAGCCUUUUGACCUUCAAACUGUCUGACAUUGGCAACGGGGACAACGCCUCCUUCCUGAACCCCAUCAGGUCCAAUGAGACGGUGAGUCGUUUAAGGACAACUGAGGAAGUUUUUGGACUUUUGUUAACGCAGCUGGAUGUUUUUUUUUUGUUGUUGCUAAAAACUGUAAACCCCCCUCUGCAUUGUUGCUUCAUUUUAUUUCAAUGAAGAAAAAAAAUAUUACUCCAUUCGACAGACUUCCUCUUUGGGUUAUUGGGUCAUUAGAAACACUUCCUCUUUGUAGAUACACUUAUGAGCCUUUAUAUGCUUUUUCUUAAAAAUCUAAGAGCGUGAAAGGAUUCGAUUUUUGAAGCACUGAAUCAUUAGAAAUAGCUUGGCCUGAAAAUUUUUAAAAUUCUGAACAAAAUUCUCAUCAGAUGUGCUCCAUCCAACCCUGAAAAAUCCCUUCAAUUUACAAAUAUUAAAACGCAGCAAAAAUUGAGUUUAACGUUUUUAAAUAUCUAGAUUAUUCCCCGCACUUUUUCUCCUUUCUGGGUUCUGUCGUCUCAAAACUUGACCUGUUUUUAAACAUCACAAGCAACAGUCAGAGGAACUACUGUGUGACAAAACAUUGACUUUGUACAUACGGGAAGUUAGUCAACACACAUGCCCCGGUGCAGCAGGGGUGUCGAUGGUUUAAAAAAAGUGAGGAAAUAUUUGAGGUUACAACCUUGUGACCAUCACCUACGCCAUGACUAAUGAGAGCUUAUGUGAAGAGAAAACAACGUUUCAAACUUUGAUAAUAAAGAUCUGACUGAAACUGUGUCUCAUGCAGAAUCCUACCAUCGUCAUGUUCACGACCAUCGCCGGCCUGACAGGGGUUGCUAUCACGCUGGCUCUCAUCCUCAUCAUCACUUCGUCCAUGGAGGUCAUCCGCAGGUCUUACUUUGAGGUGUUCUGGUACACCCACCAUCUCUUUGUCAUCUUCUUCAUCGGGCUUGUCUUCCACGGCUACGGGUAGGAAGACACAAGAGUGCGGGUCAACAAUCCUUCUGAUUAAAUGAAACUUUGAACAGUCCCAGUUCACAACAAAACGAUCAUUCGACUUUUAUUUCUGCUCCUCUGUGUUUGCAGGCGGAUUGUGCGAGGACAGACUAACUUGAAAGAACAUAAACUCAAUGUCUGUGCUGAGCAUUUUGAAGACUGGGGAACAAACUCUAGCUGUCCUGACCCGACAUUUGCUGGAAACCCACCAGGGGUAAGCUGAUAAAGACCACAGAGUGUUCAUGCAAAUCAUUAAAUAACUCAUUUUCUACUAACCCUUAAAACCGCUCCAUGUUUGGAUCCUUCCUAGACUUGGAAGUGGGUGGUGGGGCCAAUGAUCCUGUAUGUGUGCGAGCGACUCGUUCGCAUCUAUCGAUCCCACCAGAAAGUGGUCAUCACUAAGGUGAGAAUGUGCAAAAUACAAAAGAUGCACUCUAAGAUUUCAUAGCUAUAUUUUUCUGCACUUCUUGACACAUUCUUACGGUGGCCGAGAAUCGCCACUGCUGCAAAUAAAAAAAAGAAUGCAAAAAAAAAAAGAAGUCACAAUGGAAGAUAACAACGCAAACAAAAGGUGACGAUGGAAAAAAAAAAGUUACUAACUGCGAAAAUAAAAGGAUGCUAAUAAAAAAAGCCACAACGGAAGUGAACUGCCGGGGACGCACGGGUGUUUUCCGAUCUCGGCCCGGAAGACAACGGCAUGAAGACGAGCAAAGAAGUAAGUGGGAAGGUUAUUGUUUAAUUUCGCUUUGUGUGCUUUUCAACGUGAUUAGGUCAUGUAGCGCCUGAGUGGAUAUGAAGUUGAACUGAAAGAUGUCAGUGUCGUGUAAGCUUCAGUUCAACUUCAUAUCGACUCAGGCGCUACAUGGCCUAACCAAAUGACACACUGAAAGUUUAUGAAGCGAAAUUAAACAAAAUCUUUUCCACUUACUUCUUUGCUCGUCUUCUCGCCAUCGUCUUCUGUGCCUAGAUCGGAAAACACCAGUGCAUCAUCAUUAUUGGUCCCCGACAGCCCACUUCCAUUGUGAAUUUUUUUUAUUUGCAUCCUUUUAUUUUCGCAGUAACUUUUUUUUUUUUUUUUUUCAUCACCACUUUUUUUUGCAUUGUUAAAUUCAGUUGUGGCUUUUUUUUUAUCUGCAUUGUUUCUUUUUUUAUUUGCAGCAGGCUUCAGUGUCCUUUUUUUUUGCAUCUGUAACUUCAGUUGUGACUUCUUUUUAUUUGCAGCAGUGGCGCUUUUGGCCACCGUACAUUCUUAAUCUGGCAAAAAAAAAAAAAAAAAAGAAUGCACUGAAUUGUUUUAAAUGUUUUCGUACAUAAUUUAUUAAGUUUGGAUAUGAGCAUGGUUCCUUCGAUUUAAUGAGGACAGGCUAAAUGACAGAGGAGCCUGAAACACUUCAAAUCACACGCCCAAACUCUAACUCACCUUUCAUCAGUGAGGAUUCAAGUUUCUCAACGUAAAACCCGAUCCAGUUCAAGACCAGAUUAGUUUUCAGUUGAGCAGCAGAGAAUCAUGGUAGUAAAUCCUGACAUUCGUACCUGUCUCUCAGGUGGUGAUGCAUCCCUCCAAGACUCUGGAGCUGCAGAUGAAGAGGAAGGGCUUCCACAUGGAGGUGGGUCAGUACGUCUUCAUCCAGUGUCCGUCCGUCUCCAGGCUGGAGUGGCACCCGUUCACACUGACCUCUGCCCCGGAGGAGGACUACUUCUCAGCUCACAUCCGCAUCGUGGGGGACUGGACUGAGGCGCUGUACCAAGCCUGCGGGGGGGACAAAAACGAGACUCAGGAGGCCUGGAAGCUGCCAAAGUAUGACAACAGGAGAAGGGAGGGGCUGAUCAAAGUGGAAAUCGUUGCCUGAAAUUGUGAUUACACUUGAUUACACCCUCUGCCUCCCUGAUCCAGCUCUCCUUUGAAAACCUGACAACAGGGGUCACAUUUAGAGUUUAUUGUGUGUAAUUCUUUAACCCUUUCAGAAAAGAAACUGUGCGACAUCAGAAACCCUUCCCAACAUCCUGCUGUACUCCUGCAGAGCAGCUGCAGCUUUUUUUUCCUGAUCUCUGCAGACCAGGAAAUGAAAGGACAGGCUUUUAUCCUGAGGACGUUACCUGCAGGGCGCUUGUUCAAACAUGCCUCGAAAAUGCCAGGAUAUUAUAUUUAAAGUAAAAAAGAAAACAGCUGAAACCAGCAGGAGCAGGUUCACAAUCAGGGAUUCCUCUCACAAUCUCUGGGCUUCGUUUUCAAAGCUCAUGUUUCUGCCUGAUUGAUGAAAUGAAACCCGAUCGAAGAGCUGGAGUAAAAAGAGCUUGGUUAGAUUUCCAGGAACCCUCUUCUACUCACCCUGUUUCAUUUCAAAAGGUGUGCCAGACUGUAGCUAAGUGCAUUUAUCAGGUACUGAACUGAGCUAAAGAUGAAGGAACUUUUAUUCCAUGUCUUCAGGUCGUGUUAAACAUCUCACUCCCAAUUCAACAUGUGAAUAAAAUGCGAAAGACAGAACCAGAAUCUUCAAGCGGAAAUUAGAAUAGCAUUAGAAUAAAAAACACUUUCCCACCUUACAAAACUUCCUCCAAGUCGUAAAAACAAGAGAAGAGACUGUUGGGAACACAGGGAAAAAUCUCUCUCUCGUGGUUUCUCGAAAUAACUUCCUCUGCAGAGAAACUAAGGACUUAAUCUGAUCUGAUAAAUAAAGUCCAGUAAAAGUGAAGGACUCUUUAUGCACAGUGCCUGAAAAUGAUUACAUCACUAAUGAAGUAAUUUGACAAUCAAAGGCACAAUGAAACCUUUUAUGAGCAGGGUCUGGAACAGAGUAAACACAGGAUACGAAUUAGAGGCACCAGUGGGACUUACAGGGUCAGGGAGAUACUGAACCAGGACACUGAAACCAUGAGACCUCUAAAAUCUGACCUCUGUGUGUGUGUAUCUGUUCAGGCUGGCCAUAGACGGCCCGUUCGGCACGGCCAGUGAGGAUGUGUUUCGUUACGAGGUGGUGAUGCUGGUCGGCGCAGGAAUCGGUGUGACGCCUUUUGCCUCCAUCCUCAAGUCUGUGUGGUACAAACGAAUCCAAAACAACCAGGACGUCUUCACCAAGAAGGUAACAAGGUUUCAGAACGAGACAAACACUUCUUCUUAAACUGGGUUUCCAACAAGCACCAAUGUUCAUCUCUUUAAUUAGAAUUAAUUCAUAUACUCUUCUUCAGAUCUAUUUCUACUGGCUGUGUCCAGAGACGCAGGCCUUUGAGUGGUUUGCAGAUCUGCUGCAGUCUCUCGAAGGUCAGAUGGCGGAGAGGGGUGUGACCGACUUCCUCAGCUACAACAUCUACCUCACCCGCUGGAAGGAGGCCGAGGUGAGACAGGGACACACUCUUACUAUGACUACCUCCUUUUUAAACACAACUGCACCAUGUUUCAAUACACCCUUAGAUAUUGAAAAGAUUCACUCGAGCUUCAAAACAUCAGGACCAAACUUUUGAACCAAGUCUGAUGAAGUUCUUGGAGGUUACUUACAUACAUUUAUAACCCCUGAGUGUUUUCUUUUUUCUUGAAUAGGCGGCUCACUUUCGCGUUCACCACGAGGCGGAGAACGACCCGAUCACAGGACUCAAACAGAAGACCCUUUACGGGAAACCAAACUGGGACAACGAAUUCACAAACAUAGCAUCAAAGCACCCAGGGUGAGGCUCUUUAUCAAGUGAUAACACAGCAGUACACACUGUACACACCCUCUACACACACACACACAACCUACACACACUGAAGGGAUGUUUCUUCUAAUGAGUGAAAUACAGAGUAAACAUCGCCUCAUGUUUGACUCUGACUUAAACUUACACUUUAACUCAUUUUACUGCAGCAGAACUUUUACUUCAAUCUUCACUUCUUCUACUUAUACAACUAUAACUGCUUUUAACUCUGCUAUAAUCAUCACUUCUGCUCCUCUACAUCAGCAGAUACUUUGACAAAUGUGUAUCGCAGCUUUUCAUCACUGUUAGCAUUACUUCUAUUCUAAUCAGAAGUCGUGUUUGUGUUUCCCGCAGAGUUAAAGUGGGUGUGUUCCUGUGCGGGCCGCCUCAGCUGGGGAAAUCUCUGGAGAAACAGUGUCUGUCCCACUCUGAGGCCGACGUCAAGUUCAUCUUCAACAAAGAGAACUUUUAAAAAACCAGGAAAACAGAAACUCUUCAAGUAUUUUAUCAUGAACGACGGUUACACUUCCUCAUCCACAAAUGUACUUUCAUUUUCAGGUAUUAUUCUUAUCAUAAAAAUUGCAGCUGUAACUGUUUUCUCUGUGCUUCUCAAUGCAAAUGUUUCACAAAAACUCAGUUGUUGCUCAAAGAGGGAAGAAAUAGCCCUGCGGUUUUUUCCAUCUCUUUGACUGUUACACCAAAAAGUGAAACCCAGCUGCUUUCAACACGACUUCCUUUUCUGUUUGAUUUCAUUUGCUGGACGUUUUCUGAAAAAAAAAAAAAAAAAAAUCAGCUUUGAUACCAUGUCUAAAGCUUUGCCUGUUACAGUGACGCUGCAGUAGUCUGCAGACUCACCAGAAGAAAAAUAAAAAGAGCUACAUCACCAAAAAAAAAAGGUCUGUGAAGGACAUGAGACACUUUAAAUGAAGCUUACUGCUUAUUUGUGCUCGAGUGUAGUGCUUGCUCUGAUCAGACAUUUUUAAAAGUGGUUUUAACUCUUAUUUUAAAUGUAUAAUUUACAGAAAAAUGUGUGUGUGUGAUGGUAGAAUUUAAAUUUUACAUCAUUUAAUCAAUCCAUCAAAAUACAGACAUGAUUACUGAAAAUCUAAGGCCCCAAAAACAUCCACAGCUUAAACAAACAGCCUGUACUUCUCAAAUGAAUAUGAUUGUUAACUGUUUCCAAGUUUUGAACUUCCUGAGGAAGUGCCAGGUAACAUUUAAAGCUGCAGAAAAGUCAAAUAAGAUCAUUCCCCAGGAGUAAAUGUGUGAUGACAGAGGAAGACAGAGACCAGUUUCUCUUGUAGCUUCAGGGAACCGAACAUUAACAGUGUUAAAUCAACUUAUGGGACUAUGAGUUUAAGAAAACAUUGCCAACGUGCAGACUUCUUUUCUGAAUGUAGAAAAGUAAAAACAGUUCAGGUAACGGAAGUGAAAGCAAGAUCACUGUUGCCUUGUACACUGAGGGCUUGCUUGUUUUUGUUUGUGUAAAAAUUAGUUCCCAACUUCACUUUUUCAGAGAAAUUCUGUCACAAGUUUUCAUCCUAUAAUGGGAAACAUUCAAAAUAAAAAGUUCACAAUAAGA